GAGGAAGAGGAGAGCGAGAGGAGACCUCAGCCCCGUUCGUCCGGGAUUACUUCUUCUUGGACGCGCUGGUGUGGACAAAGCAGAAAACACACUUAAGUCCAGCACUCAUCCUCGUGGACAGGCUUGCUUUUUUCCUACUGACUGCAUUGGGAACUACAGUAGUUGCCGUGCGGUGGCCAUGGGGCUGCCCAACAGAGCUGGGGGGACACCGGCAGUCUUGAGUGGGGCACCGCUCCCCUCUCUCUGUAGGUUAGCACUGCUCUUUUUCUCCAUCUGGGAGCUGGAUGCACAAACCGCAGUGGAAAAUAAACCCCUGUACAUCUGGCAAACAGGUCCAUGGGGCCGCUGUAUGGGCAGCGAGUGUGGUCCUGGAGGAAGCCAGAGCAGGGCGGUAUGGUGUGCCCAUUCUGAAGGCUGGACCACUCUUCACACCAACUGUGAUCAGACAGAACGGCCAGACAACCAGCAGAGCUGCUUCAGAGUGUGCGACUGGCACAAAGAUUUGUACGACUGGCAGCUGGGUGCCUGGAACCAGUGUGUCCCAGUGUCCAUGCGCAGUGCUGGGGUUCAGCGUCCUGCUGUGUGCACACGAGGAGAGGAGGGCAUCCAGACCCGUGAGGUGGGCUGUGUCCAGAAAGUGAAUGCUGAGCCUGCAGAGGAUGCAAUCUGUGAAUACUUUGAGCCUAAACCACGACUAGAGCAGGCCUGUUUAAUACCCUGUCCUCGGGACUGUGUGGUGUCUGAGUUCAGCCCGUGGACUUUCUGUUCAAAAACCUGUGGAAUGGGCUUACAGAACCGGAUCCGCUUUAUUCUAGCUCCACCACUGUUUGGCGGGGCAGCUUGCCCAAACCUGACUGAAUUUCAGACAUGCCAGCCAGGGGUCUGUGAGGGGGAGGAGAGCCUCUAUAGUCUCAGGGUGGGACCUUGGGGGCCCUGCUCUGUUCCACUGCCAAGGCAAGCAAGACAAGCCACCGGACUACCCAGAGAUAGUGACAAACCAUCCAGAGAAACCGAUAAACUUGAGGGAGACAAAAAAGGAGACAAAAAGGCCAGAGGGAGUGAAAAACCAUCCAGAGGGGGAGACAAGCAGUCCAGGGAGGGUGUCCUACAGUCUGGUGACACUGACAAACAGUCAAAAGGAGAGGACAAGCAGAGCAGAGAGGGUGACAAACAACACAAAGGAGACAAAUCGUCCAAAGAUGGUGAUAAAGUGCCAAAAGAUGGUGAAAAACCAUCCAGACCAAACAGAAAACUGAGUAGAGCAAACAGGAAACCUGACAGGCCUUCCCGACAGGCAGACAGGCCCAAACGACAGAAAAAGGCUAAAAACAAGGAGAAAAGAGAGAAAAUGAGAGAGAAAGUCAGAGAGAGGUUAAGGGAGAGGGGCAAGUCAAAGGAUCCUGAGACGCGAGAACUCAUCAAGAAGAAGAGGAACAAGAACCGUCAAAACCGCCCAGGAGCAAAGUUUUGGGACCUGCAGGUUGGCUACCAGACCCGAGAGGUGUCGUGUGUCCACAAGAGUGGGGAUGUUGAAGCUCUGAGCCUGUGCUCUCAGGAGACAUUACCAGUGAACUUCCAGGCCUGCGUCAUGACCAAAGACUGCGAUGUUACUGAAUGGUCAGAGUGGUCAGCGUGCUCCAAGAAGUGCUAUGACCCCAACGGCACCAAGGGCGAACGUACUCGUACCCGAAAAGUGAGCCAGUUCCCAAUUGGUGGAGGAGGAGAUUGCCCGGAGCUUGAGGAGAAGGAGCCCUGCAGCCCCCAGGGAGAUGAAGUGCCACCCUGCAUUGUAUACAGCUGGAAGACCACAGAGUGGACGGAUUGCAGGGUGGAUGUGCUGCUCAGCCAACAGGACCGUCGGCGUGUGAACCUUACAGGGUUGUGUGGAGGCGGGAUUCAGACGCGGGAGGUCUACUGUGUCCAAACCAGCACUGAUGCACCACCCAACCUCAGCUCACUCAGGAGCAAAGAAGCAUUGCGACCAGUGGAUAGCAAUCUGUGUCUGGGCAUCUCACCGAACACCACCCAGCUCUGCCAUAUUAGCUGUCCAGUAGAGUGUGAGGUGUCGUCAUGGAGUGCCUGGGGACCCUGCACCUAUGAAAACUGUCAAGACCAAGCAGCCAAGAAAGGCUUCAAACUGAGGAAGAGGAAGAUUCUCAAUGAGCUAAUGGUCGGGAUGGGGAACUGCCCCCACCUGGUGGAGGCAAUACCGUGUGAAGACCCCAGCUGCUACGACUGGCUGGUGAUUAAACUGGAGGAGUGUAUCCCUGAUAAUGAGAAGGAGUGUGGACCAGGAACCCAGAUCCCUCAAGUGCAGUGUAUCGACAGUGAUGGUGAGUAG